AUUAAAGCCAUGUAUUGGCUGUCCUCGGAACAGUGCCAUUUCUCUCACUCUUAUGAUAGAACUCAUGCUAUCUCCGUUUGGCAAUACCACGCCUCCCAGUCCUCGGGAAAAAGUAUAUUCCGUCUGUUUCUAUAAUUAGGUAGUCUAUGAUUUUAUCGUUCGAUUGUCUGUAGCGCGCGGCUUACGUUGGCAUUCCCGUUUUGUUGUCCGUUAAUAGAUAUUUCUACAAUAUUGUCAUUACCAUUAGAUUUUAAACCGUGGUAGUUUAUUUCGUCUUUGGUAUUCCAAAGUCCAACAUGAAUUUUCCGUGUUCCACCCACUGAACUAGGUUCCACCUCGUGGUGAGCGGCAAGCCGGCAAGUCGCAACUCGCAAUUGGCAAGUGGAACGUGCUCUGCACUGGUGCACUCGGUGUGAAUAAAAAUCUUUAUUGUAGGCUGAACUAACGCGACAAUGGAGAUGAAAUUCGACAACUUUUGCUACUACUCCACUCGGCUGCUGAUGGCCGACGUGUUGGGUGACGUCUACGUAGAAGUGGCCAAAACGCAGUCGGCCAAAAAGCGGUUCAUGUACACUCGCGCCCUGCUUCGUAAAUACAACAUGCUUGCCACGACGUUGGAUACCGACAAAUUUUUUGAGUACGAACAUCCCACCAUUUCGGAGAACUUCCGACAAAGAGGCAACGAGUUCUUCAAGGCCAAGAAGUACGAGGAGGCCGUCGACAUGUACACCAAGAGUUUGAAGAGCUGCAAACCGACCACCGAGUGUAACGCGCUCGCGGUAGCCAACCGAUCGGCCGCGCACUUUCACAUGGGCAAGUACGACCUUUGCCUGAAGGGCUUGCGUGGUGUCAUGUGGGCCAAUUACCCGCCCAAACUCGCGUACAAGUUGUACGAGCGGGCCGGGAACGCGGAACGCAAGUUGGGUCUUAUCGAAAGGGCCAAGGAGAGCUACGCCGAGUGUUUGACACGACUGGACGAGGCGGACAUGUCUGCAGAGAACAAGCGCAAGUUCAGGGCGGCGGUUGAAAUUGCAGCGACCGAGUGCGACGAACUGCUGACUUAUCAGAAAAGGACGAUGAAAACACCUCCCGUCGAGCAGCUGGUUGGUGGAAGAAAUGAAAAUAUCCCUGCACUAUCGGCCUUUGUGGAACUGAAAAUGUCCGAGAAUAUGGGACGAGGUGUUUAUGCCACCCGCGACAUCAACCCCGGUGAUGUUGUGGCCAUAGACGAACCUUACAUUUGUGUGCCUUUUCCAGAUGAAUCAGAAGUUUGUAAUUACAAUGGUUGCUUAAAGUUUGACAUUGCUCUUUUUCGCUGUCCAAAAUGUGUAAUGGCUUAUUACUGCAAUAAAGACUGUAUGAAUAAAGAUUACAAAGAUGGACAUCAUUUGGUAUGUCCAAUUAUUUGUUUCAUCAAAUUAACACCAGGAAUAUCAAAAAUUAAUGAACUUGCUCUGAAGUGGUUUUUAAAAGACUAUUUAAAAAUGGGUUCAAAAAAAUAUUGUUCGAUAGUUGAUAACUUUUCUGAAACUAAAAUUGAUCCUAUAACAAGGGGUUUUGAUGAGAUUGGUCAAUAUAAGUCUGAUAAUUUUUUAACGGCUUAUUCUUUAGAUAGUAAUGAAAACAAGAUGCCAAUAGAUGUCUUGUUUUUUUUUAACUGUAUUGCUGUUGAUAUGUUGCAUUAUUUGACAUUAAGUGGAUUCGAAAUUCCAGAACAGUAUAUGGGUAGUGUGGGUGCUUCCUUGGUUCGUAUUCUAACUGUUUUAGAUUUAAAUGCCAGAAAGUUAAACAUAAAUGCCCCUUCUAUAUCUCAUCAACAAUUUACUUUUCCAUUAGCAUUAACUUUGUAUCCAACCAUUUCCUUGUUUAACCAUUCUUGUGAUGGAAAUAUUAAGCGGAGUGGAGUAAUAUCUGAUAGAAUAAGAGUUAUGAAAGCAGUUCAACCAAUUCCCAAAGGAACUCAGUUGUGCUGUAAUUAUGGAAUAAUGUUUAAAGAACAUGAUAAAGAAUCAAGGCAAAGUGCUUGCAAUGAUCGUUUUAACUUUAACUGCUACUGUGACCCUUGCAUAAAGAAUUGGCCAACAUUAAAGUUUAUACCAAAUCGCCUUUCUUCAUUGAAUAUUCUGAACCCUAGAAUGGUAGAUAUUGUGUCAUCAGAGUGCAAAAAGUUUGUGAAAUUGAAGAAGUCAGUGAAACCAAAAGAUCAUUGUCGGCGUAUAAAUUAUUUAUAUUCAUUUAUUAAACUUUUGUAUGGUAAUGUAAAACGACCAUUUGCAUUAUAUGAGGAUUGUCUUGAAAUGAUAGGUGAUGCUCAUAACAUUAAAACGUUUUUGUGAACAUCCAUGAAUAUGAUUGAUAUCUUACUUUUAUUUAUGGUUUAUUAACAAUUAA